GAAGCGGAAACUUCUUGCACGCAAUGUGCAGCUGCACGAAAGCUCUAUUACUUUGGCCACCGUCUAGUACCUCGCCCUACAGCGGCGGAGGUCCGUGUAGUGCACCGCCACCGAUUCCUGCCCCUGCUCACCGGUACUCUAAUGCCGCCCCCGCCUCACCAAACGUGCAACCAACGUGGAAUAAAUACGAAUGAAUUUCCACGAGAACAAACAGGUGGAUGCGACUUACGUUGUCGUCGAUGUUCAUGCAUUAUUGUUUUGGUUUUUGUUCAUGAUCGCCCAAACGCAACAAAUUAAUGAUGAUAGAUUCCUAUGGAAGGAAAAAAUGUACUCAAACUCAAAAACGACAUCUAAAAAUUUUAUUUGAUUUAAUGUUUAGAUAGUGAACUAGCUAGUUGAAAUGGAGGCCAGAGGCAGCAGAUUCGGUGGCGGCGUGGCCGUGGCGUGGGAUGUAUCACAGGAGACGAAGGCUCGCCUGUGUCAGUUGAUGACUGAAGAUGCAGAGCGAAGUCCCCAGAUCUUUUAUCAUGUUGAAGUGUGGCGCCACGCCACCUGGUGCCACAACGAGAAUGACAAAAGGAGCUUGCGACUUUACCUUGCGUCUCGUCAUCAUCAGACACAGGCCACCUUCAUUGUCUACCUGACGAUCCCCCACGCCGUGGUCUACGCCGACCCAAUCUGCCGCCUCUGGCCUCCAGCUUAA